AUGAUGCUCGCUGUGCCGACGCUCUCCUUUGGCACACAACAGACCAAGUACCCUCUGGAGAUCAUCAACUGCGGCGUGAAGCAGACCUUCACCAAGCCGCCCGAACGGGCCGUGACGAUGAACCAGGGCAUGACCGAGUUCCUGCUCGCGAUGGGCCUCGAGGGCUCGAUGGCGGGCACCGCCUACAUCGACGACGAGAUCUGGCCGCGGUACGAGAAAGCGUACAAGAAGGUCAAGGUGCUCGCCGAAAAGUAUGCGACCGACGCCCAGCUCAUGGAGGUGGACGCCGACUUCAUCCUGUUCAUCUACGGAAGCACGUUCUCGGAGGAGGCCUGUCCUUCUUCAAGAUCGAAAUGCGGUGUCGUAGACAACAACACCCUAUAG